GCGCAUGCUCCCGGCACUUGGAUGCCAAGCGGCGAACUUGCCUGCCCGUCGCCCACAACAGCCUGCAUCCUCUUCAUCAGCACCAGUGUGAUGAAGACAGUCCUGCUCUGACAUUCUGGACCAGCCUGCAUACAGGAUGACCGAGGUGAUGAACUCCCUGGAGUCGGGCUCGGACGACUUUGGCGGUGCAGCGGGAGGCGACCAGAAUACCAUAUUCCCAGGGCCCCACGAAAGGCAUCCAAAGUUGUCCAAGAGGCUUCCCUCCAUCGUGGUGGAGCCCACGGACGGAGCGGAAGUGGAGAGCGGCGAGCUGCGAUGGCCGCCGGAACCCAGCUCGCCAGACGCGCCGACCGCACCGGCAGUUGAUGUCCAGGUCCAAGCCGGUGUCGGCGGGGGGAUGUCCGGGGCGGAGAUGCCGGCCUCCAACUGAACAACCGCUGACGGUAUAAAAGAAAAACUCCACGGUAGCUGUGACUCGGUCCCCACGCGGACCAGGGAGCUCCAAUAGAAGAGCACUUAUUAUUAGUGUGUGUGGAUAGAGAGCUUUGUGGCGCCAACAGGAGGCCAGAGUAGAAAUAGCAGGCGAGCUGACCUGACAGUGAUGUCUGCACCUUGAAAUAAAAUGUGUUUUGUUUGUAAA